CUCGGAGACCCCGCCCCCAGCCCGGCCACACCCGCCACGCCCCGCGCACCCGGGCGCCCGCCCCGCAGGCCCCCGGCCCGGCCUCCCGCUGUUGCCGGCUCCGGGGCCCGCCCCCGAGGACGUGGAGCGCCGUAGCCGCCGCAAGUUUGUCAAAGAUGAAAGUGACCUUGUCAGCGUUGGAUACUUCUCAAAGUUCUUUCACCCCUUUGGCAGUCAUAGAACUUGCUCAGGAUGUCAAAGAAGAAACCAAAGAAUGGCUGAAGAACAGAAUUAUUGCUAAAAAGAAAGACGGAGGUGCCCAACUCUUAUUUAGACCCUUGUUAAAUAAGUAUGAGAAAGAAACACUUGAACAUCAGAAUUUGUAUCUUGUUGGCGCCUCCAAGAUAAGAUUGUUACUGGGAGCAGAAGCACUGGGAUUAGUAAAAGAAUGCAAUGACAGUUCCAUGAGAGCCUUCACCUAUGAAACUCGACAUAACUUCAAAGGUUUUGAUGAUGACAAUGAUGAUUUCCUCACAAUGGCAGAAUGUCAAUUCAUUAUCAAAUAUGAACUUGAAAAUCUUAGAGCCAGAGAGGAAAAAAUGAUACCUGGUUAUCCCCAAGCCAAGUUGUACCCAGGAAAAUCAUUAUUGAGAAGAUUGCUUACCUCUGGCAUCAUGAUUCAGGUGUUUCCCCUUCAUGAUAAUGAAGCCCUAAAGAAACUUGAAGACACCUGGUACACCCGGCUUCCAUUUCGAUAUCAGCCUAUAGAUAAUAUCCGGGGCUACUUUGGGGAAACGAUUGCGCUUUAUUUUGGAUUUCUGGAAUUUUUCACGUAUGCCUUAAUCCCAAUGGCAGUUAUUGGGUUGCCUUACUACUUGUUUGUGUGGGAAGACUAUGACAAGUACGUGAUCUUCGCCUCAUUCAACCUGAUCUGGUCCACGGUGAUCCUAGAAGUGUGGAAGCGUGGCUGUGCCACCAUGACCUACAGAUGGGGGACGCUGAUCAUGAAAAGACAGUUUGAGGAGCCCCGGCCUGGAUAUCACGGGGUCCUGGGUAUCAAUCCAGUCACGGGCAGGGAGGAACCCCUCUACCCCAGCUACAAGAGGCAGCUGCGCAUUUACCUGGUCUCCCUGCCCUUUGUGUGUCUCUGUCUCUACUUCUCACUGUACGUCAUGAUGAUUUACUUUGACUUGGAGGCGUGGGCUCUGGAUGUGCAUGAGAGCAGUGGGUCCGAGUGGACCAGCUUUUUGUUGUAUGUGCCCAGCAUCAUCUAUGCAGUCGUGAUCGAGAUCAUGAACAGGCUCUAUCGCUAUGCUGCUGAAUUUUUGACUUCAUGGGAGAAUCACCGAUUGGAAUCUGCCUACCAGAACCAUCUCAUUCUGAAAGUUCUGGUGUUCAACUUUCUAAAUUGCUUUGCCUCGCUCUUCUACAUUGCCUUUGUCCUGAAGGAUAUGAAGCUUUUACGUCAGAGUUUGGCCACUCUCCUGAUUACCUCCCAGAUCAUUAACCAAGUUGUGGAGUCUCUUCUUCCUUACUGGCUCCAAAAGAAGUACCAUGUGCAGGUGAAGAAGAAGGUCCAGGCCUUGAAGGCUGACUUCGAUGCUACCUUGUAUGAGCAGGUUGUUGUAGAAAAAGAAAUGGGAACCUAUUUGGGUACUUUUGAUGACUACUUGGAGUUAUUUCUGCAAUUUGGUUAUGUGAGCCUCUUCUCCUGUGUUUACCCAUUAGCAGCCGCCUUUGCUGUGCUAAACAACUUCACCGAAGUUAAUUCAGAUGCCUUAAAAAUGUGCAGGGUGUUCAAACGCCCAUUCUCAGAACCUUCUUCCAAUAUUGGUGUAUGGCAGUUGGCAUUUGAAUCAAUGAGUGUUAUAUCUGUGGUCACUAAUUGUGCUCUGAUUGGAAUGUCACCACAAGUGAAUGCCCUCUUUCCUGAGUCAAAAACGGAUCUCAUUUUGAUCGUAGUGGCAGUGGAGCACGCUCUCCUGGCUCUGAAGUUUAUCCUUGCUUUUGUCAUUCCUGACAAACCACAGCAUAUCCAGAUGAAACUGGCCAGAUUGGAAUUUGAGUCGUUGGAGGCACUCAAGCAGCAGCAAAUAAAGCUUGUGUCCGAGAACCUGAAGGAGGACCUGAAGGAGAACCUGAAGGAGGACCUGAAGGAGAACCUGAAGGAGGACCUGGAGGAGGACCUGAAGGAAGAUACAGAAGAGGAGAUCUGAGGACGGGCCACAGGGCCCUGGCACAGCGUCUCUGCCCUGAGCCAGGCCCCAGGCGGCAGUGCCCGAUGCAGUGCCUGGAGGCCACGGAUCGGGGCAGAGGAGGGGAUAGAACCCUCUCCGGCCUUCCAUCUCCCACCAUGCUCAGCCGAGCCAACACUUCAUCCUUGCUGCCUGACUGCUCCGGGCCCCUUGCCCCCC